AUGAGUACCAGUACUAGUGAGAAAGCCAGCGGCGAAACUAAGAAAGUUACCUUGAAAAGUUGUGACGAUGUCGAGUUCAAAGUCGACAUACCUGUCGCAAACGUCGGUGAAAGUGAUCAAUCAAUCCCUCUUCCUAACGUCAGCGAAAAAGUUUUAAAAAAGGUUCUCGAAUGGUGCGAACAUCAUGUCAAUGACCCGCAGCCUACUAAUGAUGAUGAUGAUUCUCGCCGGAGAAAUACAGAAAUUGAUGAUUGGGACCAAAGAUUCUUAAAUGUCGAACAGGAUAUGCUUUUCGAAAUCAUUUUGGCCGCUAAUUAUUUGGAUAUCAAACCAUUAUUGGAUAUUGGUUGCAAGACCGUUGCCAACAUGAUCAAAGGCAAGUCGCCCGAAGAAAUUCGCACCACAUUCAAUAUAGUCAACGAUUUUACUCCUGAAGAGGAAGAACAAAUUCGAAAGGAAAAUGAAUGGGCUGAAGACCGAUAA